GCAGCCGCGGGCAUACGCGGGUGGAGGUGGAAUCACAGGAGUCGCGACCGUGGGGUAAAUGCACGCAAGCGAGCAAACGUACAGUACAGAGGCUGGCCAUGUCAGUGGCCAUUGGCGGAACAUAAGAACCCACUUUUAGCAACACAGCAAGACAUCCCCACCAUGGACCUGUCAAGCCUGCUGAUUGACAUGGAGGAGCCGGCAGAGGACAUCCGCCUGCACCAGGCGGCCUACAGCGGCCACCUGGACACCCUACGCCAGCUGCUGCAACAGGCCAAGUACCGCCAGGGCAUUAACAAGCAGCUGCGCCUGCUGGGCGUCUCACCGCUGCGGCUGGCCGUCUCCGGUGACUCGCCUGAGUGUGUCUCGUGCCUGCUGGACCACGGCGCCGAGGUGGACCUCACCGACAUGAAGGCCCAGACGCCGCUGUUCGUGGCCGUCAAAGAUCAGCACCUCGAGUGUGCCAGGGUGCUGCUGGAGCGAGGCGCCUGUCCGAACGGGUCGGCCGAGAACCUGUCGACGCCGCUGGCCCAGUGCUGCCAGGCCGGCUGGCUGCCCGGUGUGCAGAUCCUGCUGUCGUUCGGCGCCGAUCCUGAGGUGGGCCUGCUGCGCGGCGGCCUGUUGCCGUCGCUGCCGCUGCACACAGCCGCCGUGUACCACCACCUGGACUGCUUCCUGGCGCUGCUGCUGGCCGGCAGCCUGGCGGACCCGGCGCGGCGGCCGCGCGUGCCGGCCGACGCCGUUCGCCAGGUGUCGCUUCCGCACGCCGUGCUCAAGUACAGGUGCUCGGUGGAGUUCGUCGAGCUGCUGUACGAGUUCGGCGGCAAUCUGUGGCAGCUGAACGGCGGUGGCCUGCUGGCCUGGGAGGCCGAGCCCGACAGCCUGCUCGUCAAGCCCAUCAAGCAGCUGGCAGGCACGCCCCAUUCGCUGCAGAACUUGUGCCGGCUGCUGCUGCGGCGCCAGCUGGGCCGCCGCCAGCUGGCACGCCUGGCGCAGCUGCCGCUGCCCAAGCCGGUCGUCAAGUAUCUCAUCUAUUCGGACACCAUCCGGCUGGUGCAGUUCGGCACGUUCCGCUUCAGCUAGACUGGGGGCGUCUCCGGAGCGCGCCCACUGCCGCGGCCGAGACGGUGAAGUGGCCGGGAAGCGUGGCUGAGGGACCUCCUGCGAAGGGAUUGCAGGAGUAGCUAAGACGUCGUCCGCGCGGACGAUGCAGACAGCUGCCUCUCGGGCCGGCUUUAGCCGAUAGGCCAGUAUUUGUGGUGCUACCCGCUUGUGUGGGCUACGAUCCGCUGCCGUGUCGACGCUUCUGUGACAGCGCGCGGCUCGGACGGCGUGGGACGCGGGAGGGGGGGGGGGGGGGAG